GCCGGCGACUGCGGUCGAGCUGUCGGGAGGCCUGCGGGCGGGGGGGGGGAGGCCGCGGGAGCCCGGCGCGUGCGCGGCCCUGGCCACGCUGGCCGCCGCGCCGGCAGCCGCGCCGCCCGCCGGGGGCGACCGCCCGAGGAGCUGGGCCGGCGCGGCCCUGCUGUGCGCCGCCGGGGCGGGCGCCGCGCUGGGCGUCGGGCGGCGGGCGGAGGGCGGCGGCGGGCCCGCGCGCUGCGAGGCUGCGGGCGGCGGCGAGCUGCGCUUCGUCACCUACAACGUGCUCGCGCCGCCGCUCGCGGAGCAGAAGGGGCACUUCUCGCAGUGCGAGCCUGGCGCCCUGGUGCGCUCCGAUCGCCUGGAGCGGGUGCUGCGGAAGCUGGAGCCGCACAUCGCUGCGGGCUCCGUCAUCGGCCUGCAGGAGGUGUCGCUCGAGUGGGCGGGCAAGCUGUACGCGGCCUUCAGCAAGCGCAACUACACCUUUGGCACGGUGGCGGACUGCUCGUAUGGGCAGGAGUUCAACGGCUACAUGGGCGUAGGACUCGCCUGGCCAAACGAGCUGUACGAGACCGUUGACGUUGAGCUGUGCCGCCUGUCCGACACGGUGCCCCGGGAGAUCUGGGCCCAGAAGAUCGACGCGAGGCCUGCUGACGGCAUGAACCGCUUCGGCUUUCUGACCGAGAAGGGGCUGCGAGAGAUCCUCGGCUGCCAGCUGCCCGCGGCCGCUUGGGCCUCCAGGGAGCCCCCGAAGGGCGAGGACUGGGCGGUCGCCAGGAGCCGCAGGAACGAGCUGGCCGUGGCGAAGCUGCGGCCCCGCGGUGGUGGCAGCCCCUUCUGCGUGGCCUGCUACCACAUGCGGAAGAACAGACAGCGACGUGAACACUUCUGGACACUCCUACCAGCGUGA